AUGAUUUUUUUUCUUGAGCGGAGACUUGGAUCGCCGGAAAAGAAAGCUCCUUUGGUUCUCUCCAACUUCGCGCAUCUCUUCCACGGCCACCGCAACCCUCUAGGCUCGCACGGUCUCCCAGCCACUUGUGCAUUUCCUUACAUGUACUAUUUUGAGCGUUCUUACCCGCCCCAAUCGGCCUUUGUUCUCUCGAGUCGCAUCGUUCUCCCACCCGCGCAGGAGCCCGCAGAAUCUCCUCUCCAGUACCCUCACAACCAGAUCUACCUAUUUGAGAGGGCCGCUACUCCUUUUUACAUUUGGUCCGCGAUCACGAAAUCGGACUGCGGUCAUGGUUGUGAGCGGGGAAGAUUGGGGCUGGGCUCCAGCGAGAAGAAUGCGACAACCCAACCCCGAUCGGCGGGCAAAACCCUCGGUGGAAAAGAUCUUAAAUGUACUUGCUCUUGUGCAAUCAACUAUUCCGCCGAACGUUGA